AUGCCUAACGGAGAAGAUGUUCGCCUUAAAGUCGAUCAUGCUAAAAGUAAAAAAGUUGAAGGAACAUUAUAUAUGAUGAGUGAACGUAAGGGUUGGAUGCCUGAACAUAGAGAUAUAUUUACAUUAUCCUUUGAUUAUUGUGAUAUUAAAUAUAAACAUCUACAUGCAUCAACAACAGAUCGUUCACAAAAAACUUCUGUACUACAAAUACCAACAAAUCUUAAUAAUCUUAAACACGAAAUGACUAAUUGGCAUAUUAAUACCGAAUUAGCAAUGUGUUUAAGUUUAAAUUCAUCUUUAGCACAUAAGAUUGUUAAAGAUUUAACACCUGGUGGUGCUCUUAUGCAUGGAACAACAUCACAAACAUUAUCACGUAAUUUAAAUUAA